AUGAUAUGGGGGCGACUUGCCGACUCCAACCGGUUCGGCCGCAAAGCCGUGUUGAUGAUAGGCUUGGCUGGUACACUCUUGUCGUCCGUUGGCUUCGCCUUCUCGACCUCGUUCUGGCAGGCCCUCGUGUUCAGGUCCAUUGGAGGCAUCACGAACGGGAAUGUGGGCGUGCUGAGGACCAUGAUCAGCGAGACGGUGCGUGAGAAGAAGUACCAGUCCAGGGCGUUCCUGUUGCUGCCCAUGACCUUCAACAUUGGCGUCAUCAUCGGCCCUAUCCUCGGCGGCGUGCUUUCGGAUCCCGCGAGGAGCUACCCCGACCUUUUUGGCCACGUCGACUUCUUCCAGCGCUUCCCCUAUGCCGCCCCGAACCUUGUAUCUGCCUUCUUCCUGCUCUGCGCGAUGCUUGGCGUAUGGCUAUGUCUGGAGGAGACACUCGACUCGCGCUUCGGCAAGCGGGAUAGAGGGUUGGAGUUGGGGCGAAAGUUGCGUCGGUGGCUUUCGGGCCACCGUUCAGGGGCUGCUUACAUGCCGCUGCCGACCGAUGAUCGAACCUUUGCUCUCGAUGAGCCGCACUUCCCUGCAAGGAGUAGCCACUCGCGCCAUUCUUCAGGGGCCAGUGCCGCUUCGAGACGGAAACAUUCCCGACGCCGGUAUACGCAGCGACUCCCCUUCCGACGCAUCUUCACGCCCAACGUCAUCUCCACGCUCACGGCCAGCUUUCUCCUCGCGUUCCACGUGGGCACCUUCAACUCUCUGUGGUUCGUCUUCCUCUCGACGCCCGUCUAUGACCCGGGCCAAGGCGCCGCCGAGUCACUACGCAAUGCGCUUCCCCAGCGCUUGCCGUUCAUCUUCACCGGAGGCCUCGGCCUGCAUCCCCGCGAAGUGGGCAUGGCCAUGGCCAUUCUCGGCGUGAUCGGGAUCGGCCUCCAGCUCGGCGUCUACCCCUGGCUCUCGGCCCGGCUGGGCACGGUCCGCAGCUGGCGUCUUUUCCUGCUGUGCUUCCCUCUCACCUACUUCUUGGUGCCCUACCUGAGCCUCGUGCCGUCCAGCAGCGCCCCGCCGCACCCCAAGGACGGCCUCGCGGUAUGGACGGCCAUUGUCUGCGUGAUCUCGCUCCAGGUCGUUGGCCGCACCUUUGCGCUCCCCGCUCAGACGAUCCUCGUGAACAACUGUACGCCGCACCCGAGCGUCCUUGGGACGGUCCAUGGAAUCGGGCAGAGCGUGAGCAGUUUCGCGAGGACGAUCGGGCCCGUGCUGUGCGGCGUUCUGUAUGGGCUGGGCUUGGCGAGGGGCGUCGUCGGCGCUGUGUUCUGGGGGCUGAGCGGGGUUGCGGCCUGCAACGUCCUUGCGAGCUUGUUUGUUCGCGAGGGCGAUGGCCACGAGAUACGGCUCGAGGGUGAUGAGGACGAUGAGGAGGAUGCGGAUCACGAUAGGGCAUCUCACCACUGA